CGCUCCUGUGCUGUGUGCAUUCGCAUUGUGUCUAAACAGCCAGCGAGCAAAAAUAUAUUUUACCAACAGCAGUAAUGUCGGGCAGGUCGGUUCGCGCCGAGACGCGGAGCAGGGCGAAAGAUGACAUCAAGCGGGUUAUGGCUGCAAUUGAAAAAGUGCGGAAAUGGGAAAAGAAAUGGGUGACUGUUGGUGAUACGUCACUGCGAAUAUACAAGUGGGUACCAGUGACAGAACCCAAGUCAGAUGAUAAGAAUAAAAACAAGAAGAAGGGCAAAGAUGACAAGUAUGGUUCUGAGGUCACAACCCCUGAGAACAGCUCCUCUCCAGGAAUGAUAGAUAUGCAUGAUGAUAACAGUAACCAGAGCUCCAUUGCAGACUCAUCCCCACUGAAGCAGGAGAUCAGCAAUAACACAAGUCCUGUGCCUGAAACCAUGGCAGCUUCACAGAGUGAUAGCAAUCAAUUGAAAUGUGACAAAUAUCCUUCCAAACAGCCUUCCUCUGAACAAAAUCACUACUCAUCAGAGUUUACAAUAGCCAAAAGGGACAGCAAGUCACAGGGGGAUUCAGAACACUUUUUAGACUCCUCCAGGUCAGACCAGGAAUUGGACGACGGUGCUCCCCCAAGCAAAAAAGGGAAAAUCGAUUCUUCCUCUGAGGAAAGCUAACUGUCUUUUGCCAGCUGUCAAGGAUUUGCAGUCCCAUUUCUUUUCUUGUUACAAAUCACAAUGGAAAAGAGC